AUGAAUCGUUUCCGGGCGAAGAGGAAAGCCAAAGAUGCGGCACCAGACACACUUGUCAGGGUUUCAACCGAUUCAGAUGGGCCACCGCCGCCUGUGAAGGCUUCGAAGACGUUCAGGCUUGGAGGGAAGAAAGCCCAAGAACCAGAACCAAAGCCAGAGAUUGAUCUUUCGACAGCCCUUCCUUCCACGAAAGACUUUCGGACAAGUCUCUUGAUGAGCGGUCUCUCAGCCCGCUUUUCAAUGCUUCGUGAACAAGACGACCCGGAGUCGAAGGUUGGAAAAGCGAGUGACGACAGCGUUUUGUUUUCCAAACCCCAAUUGAGAUGUAACGACUUCAGCUUCUCAGCUCAGAACUUAACAGAUAUUGCAGAGGUUUCUUCCAUCAACGGCGCGGUACGACCCCCAUUUGCCUACGGCAGGACGGAAUCUUUCGCUGGAUUGGGAUCGGAGUGGUGUGGGUCAGAUGCCGAUUCGACACAUGGGGGCAUAAUGAGUAGAGCGAGACCUGGGGAAAGCAACAAUCUCUUUGGUGGCCGACAGAAGAUAAUGAUGGGGAAUAGGGCGUUAUAUGAUAACGAUGUCAGCCAAUCGGCCUUUCAGAAGAUCCGAGAAAAGGGAAGGGAAUCGAAGGAGCAAGAGAGCCAGCUGGAAGAAGUGGAGGCAGAGUCUUCACGGCCUAGGUCACCACCACCUCCUGGGUACAACCGAAACAGAGAGACGUCAUCCACGACAUCCUCAGUUGGCCCAUCGAUCACCCGGAGCUCUACGGCCGCUACCUCGUUCACCUCGCAACGGACGCCUUCAUUGAACGGAGGGCACGCUCCAAGCACACCCGCUAAGGCUGGGAACGCAGGACUGGAGAGAUCGGCAACCAAGACUCGAAGGUUAUAUGAGACUGGACUCGACAAUCACUUGCAUGAACAGCAGUUUUCUGCUAUGCACAGGAUUGACACUUUGACGAGACAACGCACGCUGGGCGCCAAUACACCACCUACAGGAAUCUCGCCUAUCUAUGGCCAGGCUCCUGCAGAUCGAUGGGAACGAUCGAUCACUGGAAAACAAAGUUUGCCAAACUUGCAAACUGCGAGCCCACCACUUAGUGGCACGACAAUGGGAACUUUUGACUUUGGAGUACCAAAAAACAGCAAUGCUGGUUCCAAACCGUACGGAAUGGCUUCUCCUCCACUCAGUCCGCCCAUGACAGAAUACGAUAGGCAAGGGGUCCUACCUUUACAGCCAAACGACCGGGGCAAGGCAACAGCAAUGGGUGCAUUUUCGAAGCCCGCUGCAUACGACGAUCUCAAGUUCUCACAGAGACAGAUCCAAAUGCAACAAGAUCGAGAAGCUCCUCCGCCUCCGAGAAAGAACUCUGUCCCACGAGCUUUGAUUCCCCAGAAAGAACAGCAUCAGCAGCGGGAGCAACAGUUGGAAAGCAUAAAGAGAGCCGAAUUUGAGGCUACUCACGCACCACCUAGAUCAAGGUCUAACUCCUCGGCGCGAGGGGCGUUGUUCACUCAGGAUCGUAUCCUUGGUUCGCCAACGAGCAAGCGCUCCGUAGUAGAAAAUGGGGCUACGAGUUUAGGGAUCUUCUUGGAAUCGCCAGAGAGUGCCUCCGCCCCUUCUAAUGACCUUAGCACAGAGCCAUCCAGGCAUAAGAAUUACCCCAAACCGCUCGACCUGUCUCAGAUGUUUCUCCAAGAUCAGCGGUCUAGGAUUCAGCGACCUGAUGAAUCACAACAUCCUGCAAACCGGCAGCGCGUGGAUCAAAGUAAUGCUGCUCCUAUCCCUGCGCUAAUCCCGGCAAAUAUGCGGCCGUAUUCAGUACGUUCCAUGCAGCUACCGGUCGACUCGCCCACUUUGCCUGGAGCUGGCUUGAGUGGAUUGGUGCGGUCUCAUUUGAGGUCUGACAGCAAUACUUCUUCGGUAUAUGGGACUACUCCAUCAGCGAGCCCCGUGUCCCGAUUCCCAACAGAUUCUCGGGUGUCAGCUCCUUCUAGUGUGUACAGCACGAAUGACAACCCUUGGGAGAAUGAUGACUGGGAUCGGGAGAGAAACUACGGCGAGGAUACUACUGCCAACCUUGUGGAUAAAGAAGCUACCUCGCCAACACCAUGUUCCGGUUUCGUGCGAUUACCCAAAAUAGACGAUUCUGGCAAGGCUUCUUGGGAGAGAGCAACGGAGAGUCGUCAUACUAGAGAGGCAAGCACGGAGACACAGAAGGAAGAACAGGAGUUCAGGAAUGAGCUUGCAUCACGAAAACGCAGGGUCCAAGAGGUGAUGCAAAGCUUGCAGGAGAGCGAAAGUCGAUCAACGAGUCCCAUGCCACCCCAUCCGUCAGAUUUCCCCAAGGAUGCCCAUCAGGCCAAGACCAAUGCGCUAGGACUCUUGAAGACCAAGACCAGCAAAGGAUCUCUGGCUCCCAGACCGAAGGAAGCUGGUACGUCCAUAGCCAUGAAGCUACUGGGAAUCGGCAACGCAACCAUCAGCAGUGGGUCUGGGUUGUCGCCAUCUCCACGGAACCCUCGAUUUGAGGACUGUCCCUGGACAAAGGAAGAUGAAGAACCGGAGCCGGUAUGCGGCUCUGAGUCGACACCACCCCAGGACAUAGCAUACAGAGAGGCGCGGAAAGCUGCUCAACCUGACCGAGAACGACAAACUACCAUGAGACAUCAGCGGAGGGCAGGCCAGGGAGAUACCCAGGGCUGGCCCGCUCAGCGGAAGGAGGGAGACAGGCCAAGGCCAGGGAUUCAGCGAAUAGAUGACUCUUGGGUCAAAAAAAACUCGAGCAUUGAGAACUCACGCAUGGAAGACUCGGUCCGCUCUCGGGUGGAGAAUUCUCGAUUGGACAAUCAGAUGGAAAAUCCAAGGGUGGAGCCUCGUGCCCGCUAUCAAGAGCAGGCCGCUGCAACUCACAUGACACCUCCGCAUCGUACUCCAAGUCGAGACCGGAAACCUCCCCCCGUGACAUACACCAAUCGAAAUGGAGGCACUAUUCAAGAAGGCAAGGAAAUUAGGGGUGCAAGCCGCUCUGCAUCGCGGCCACCGUCUACUGCUCCUUCGAAUGCUUCUCGCGACAGAUCCGGAUCCGACGCAUCUUGCGGGCGCUCUAAGAGCCGUACUGGCACUCGCAGAGACGAUCUGGGCCCGAGCAUGGCUGAAGGUACCACCCAGGCUGAACUUGAGGAUCGAGGACUCUACCCUCCAACACGUCUCAUGCCCAAGCCUCCUCCUGGCGUGGGACUUCCCGCGUCGCCAUCUCCCCUCCACUCUCCGAUGAUGACUCGAAGCAAUAGCCAAUCUACGACUGCAGGGUACUUUGAGCAAAAGCCGUCCCUUCCAAUGAACAUGGAGGGGUUUGAUAUUGGCUCUUCGCCGAGACCUUCGCCAAGCGCACCGUUUGUCGCGAACGCAACUCCAGCUUUGUCGCAGCCUUCACCAGCCGGAUCUGGAACCAACACACCGGCAUCUCAAGAACCUCAAGGUCCAGCCCGGCCUACAGCGCGCAAAAAAUCGAUCAACAAAUCCGACAUCUCAGAACCAAAGUUCAUAUCCUCAACGUCUAGGAUGCCGACUGUCAAUCUCCCUUCUGCAUUGUCUCUUACGAACGGGACUGAGCUUAAUGCGCCACCAAUUCCUCCGGUUAACCCCAAGCGUCGUCAAACACGAACCAUGUUCGGAGGACUCAUGGGCAGACGCGAUGACGACGAGGUUCAACCGAUGCCAGCCGCGACCCAAUCAACCGAAGAAAUGUCCACAUUUUCUGCUGAUGAAGGCGAGAACAAGUCGAAAACCCGUGGAAGACUUCGUAAAAGCUCUAGCGAAGGCGGCAACCUCAACGCUCGCACUCGACAAGCGGCCAACGCUGCUUCAAGCCCACCUAUGCCAGAAACCUUCCCAGCCGGCUCUGGCCCUCCUCUCCGCCGUGUCGAGGGUGCCAUGUUUUAG